GAUUUUGCGGGAUUUUGGACCUGAAGUGUAGCUGUUUUAACCUCAGGAGUCGGGUAUUAACAGUUUUAACCAGAUUGCAGGCAGUAAGUUCACUGAUAUGAAGACAGAACAGGACAAUUUUAACGUUAAUAUCUCCAGAAAAUUGUCUUCGUCUUUUAAAAUACUGUGAGCUUAUAGUGGGUUUUUCCUCUUCAUACUUAACUCCCACUCUAACGUUACUUGGCUGGUGCACGAAGAUGUCUUCAUUAGUGGCCUACGAGGAUUCAGAAUCAGAGGAUGACUCUCUUGAUCAAAGGGAUGAGGGAGCAUCGACCUCUGUCCCAACUGGAUACCGUGAACAAGACCAAGAAGUUAGGAUAUUUAAUCCUUCUGAGGUAACCCAGAACCCUCACAGCUUCACAUCAGACCCCGACAGGUCAUAUCAUGGAAAUGUCUCAGAAAGAAGCAGAUCUUCACUACAUUCACAGCCACAGAGCUGUUUUGGCUUAGAAAGAACAUAUUGCAAUUACAGGACCGCACGAGAAAAACAUUUCAGAGAUACCACAGCUCCUCUGAGUUUCUCAGCAUUGCAGACUCACAUGCCACAAAGCUUCGGCAAUGGGCUGAACCAACCAGCAAAAAGACAUCACACUGUCCCGUCUGGUGUUAGACCGUACAUCCCCAAGAGACAGAGACUUACCACUUCAGUAGAGACAGUGGACCGUACAGUGCACCCAGCCGAGCAAGUCCCAGGGAAUCAGACCAGAGAAAGCCAAAUUCUUUCCGAAGUAUCAGUGAGAGUAAAGCCAUAUCUUGCUAACAAGCCCGGCGCUGCAGGGAUACCGAGGAGGCUCCUGAUGAGCCUGGGAGGCCACCAGGGCCCAGUCAACACAGUGCAAUGGUGUCCUGUGCCUCAUCUCAGUCAUCUGCUGCUGUCUGCCUCCAUGGACAAGACUUUCAAGGUGUGGGAUGGAGCAGAAAGCGGGCGAUGCCUGAGGGUUUACAGCUGCCAUUCGGGAGCUGUGCGCGAUGCCUGUUGGACCCCCUGCGGGCGACACCUUCUCACUGGCUCAUUUGACAACACAGCUGUGAGCACAGAUGUAGAGACAGGGCAGCAGGUGGUGAAAUUAGACAACCAGUUCAAGGUGAUGUGUGUGGUCCUGCAUCCCAGCAGCCCAGAGGUAUUCCUGUGCGGAGGUUACAGUUCAGUGGUCAAGGCCUGGGACUCUCGGAGCUGCAAGGUAGUUAAAGUGUACAAAGCAGGGGUCCAGCAGACCUUAGACAUCCUGUUUUUGAGAGAUGGUGUGGACUUUAUAACAAGCUCUGACUGCGUAAGCAGAGACUCUGCGGACCGCACCCUCAUCGCCUGGGACUACCAGACCACAGCCAAGGUCUCCAACCAGAUCUACCAUGAGCGGUACACGUGCCCCAGCCUGGCUCUCCAUCCACUUGAGGAGUCCUUUGUUGCGCAGACCAAUGGGAACUACAUGGCAGUAUUCUCCUCCCAGCGGCCCUAUAGGAUGAACAAGAGGCGGCAAUAUGGAGGACACAAGGUGGAGGGGUACGCGGUGCAGUGUGAAUUUUCUCUGGAUGGAAGCAUCCUGGCUUCAGGAAGCUCCACAGGCUCUGCCCACUUCUACGAUUACCACAAUGCUCGCACGCUGCACAUCCUGCCCGCCCACAGCCAGCCCUGCCUUUGUGUGUCUCAGCAUCCCGUCCUUCCUGCGACUGCGGCCACCUGCGACUGGGCUGGCGAGAUCAAGGUCUGGCACUGAAAACUCUGAAUGGACAAGAAUAUGGACUUUAUGGAAGUUAUAAGAUGUAGCGUGUUGACCAAGAGCAUGAGAUGGAAGACAGUAUUUAACUGAAAACUCAUGCCCAUCCAUCUUAAAGACUGUAUCUCCCAUAAGCUCUUGGUAUAAGAUCAUGAAAACUUGGCAAAACAUGCUGGAAGUCAGCAAAUCUACUGAAAAACUGUUUUUUACACUGUGUAUCUUGUGAUGCUUUCACAUUAUUUUGAAAACCACCCACAUUUUGACUCCCAUUGAUCCCCCUUAGACUGGCACGACAACAAUAGUCACUAUUGUGAAAAUCCUACUGUAAGCAUGUUAUUUAUAUUUAUCCUAUCUCACACUGUUUUCACAUCCUGAAAUCAAAGAAAGUUUCUUUACGGUU